UUGGCCGCCGGGGCUUUCGACGGACUGGUUCGGGUCACGGCACUUGGCAUGCCCACAUAUUCGGACGCGCUGGACUGGCUCUCGCAGGGAAUCACCGUCGAGCAGGCUCAGACGCAGAAGAGGAACGCCGCACAGUGGCGGCAGCGCUUUGCGAGCUGGAGCAACGAAUUGUGGAAAGCAGCUACCCCUCUCUUCAAGGGAGGCCAACCAGCACCAGCCCAUGCAGCCGCAGAUAUGCGAGAGCAGUGGGUCAAACGUUGGAAGCCAGAAAACUACGACAACACGGGCUACGUCGCCGCCUGGAGGCAACAUGUCUCGGCCGUGGCCUUCCCGAAGUCCACCCACCCUCUUGACUGGAUGCCGUCGCUCGACACCUUCGCGCACGCAGUCCGUCAGGCUAAAGGAUGCCCAGGACAGUGCGGCGCGGAGAUGGACCUCUCGGCGGCGUUCGACCACAGCCAUGGCCAGCAGUUCCGGCCCCGGCAGAGCACCGCGGACGGGGCAGCGCGGAGUAUCGUGGAAUCCGCGGGCAGCGUUUGCGGGUGCGUCUUCACGUGCGUGGACGUCAAGAUCGCCUCCACCAUCACGUUCUCGCAGCAUGCCCGCGCGGGGGAGCUGCUGGAGGUGCGGGGCAUGGAGAAGGCGAGCGGCGCUGGCUCCAUCAACCUGGAUAUGGAGAGCUUCGACGACUUCGCUGGGGCGGCGAAGAGGAGCGAGGGGGAGCCAACGCUGAGCGAUGUCAUGCUCGCGCAGCGCAUGGCCGGAGGGCCCCUCGCGCUGGCCUCGCGGACGCGUCCGGACAUCGCCUUUGCAGCGUCGCGCGUCGCAGAUGUCGCCGCGAAGCGUCCUGUCCAGAGUUUGUUGCUCGGCGAGAAAAUCUUGCGCUACCUCGCCGGGGCGAUGCGCGUGGGUUCGGGGCGCCACGUCGCGCUGGGGUCGGCAUGGCGAGCCGCCCCCUCUGGGUCGCACGCCGGCGCGAGCUUCAAGGACAUCCGCGCCCAGACGGGUGUCUCCGCGUACCUCUUCGGUCGUUUGGUCGAUUGGCGCAGCAUGCGGCGCCAGCAGGUCGUCCUGUUCAGCGCCACGGAGGCGGAGGUGAACGCACUGGCCGUCGGCGAGAACAUGAGCGCUGCGGCAACCGCCGCUCUCGAGAGCAUGGGGCUCCGAGUGAGGCCGGCGCUGCGCGGAGACAGUGCCGCGGCGAACCACGUGGCAGAAGGGCAAGGUUCAUGGCGGACCCGCGCAUUGUCCACGAAGGUCAACGCCAUCCACUCCAGGAUGGCACGCGGGCUGCUCGAGGUGCCUUUCGUCGGCACCACCGAGCAGUGCGCGGGCGGACUCGCGACGUGCGGCGGGGCGCUGAGCCUGCCAGAAGGCGGGGGUCGAAUCCUCGCGACGGCGCGCUGUGGCGGGCCGCUCCUGGUGUUCCUCUGGACGCUCGUGACCGUGGUCCGUGAUCCUCCGAGCCUCGAGGAGGAGCCGCUGGAGGGUGAGGACUUCACGCCCGAGCGGGUUAUGCCAGUGGAGGUAUGGAGCAGGCGCUACUAUCGCCGGAGCGCGACAGAUGGUCUGGAGAUUUUCCUAGUUCGACGGAAGACUGGGAAUUGCUGGGCGGCCCUGCUGCCCGAUCUCUCCAUGGGCACCAUCACGAUCACUGCGAAGACUACGGUCUUCUCCGACCCCGUGCCAGGCAUCCGCUGGCAGGCGCUUCCCGCACUCACGCAGGUGCAGAAGAACAGUUUCAUGCAGCAGGCUACGGACGGUCUGCGGGCAGGUACUAUCCCAGCGCUGGAGCUGUACCGACCGGGUCGUCAGGCCCAGCAGGCUGUCGCCGUCAACGUGCUCUAUGCUAUGGCCAGCUCUGCUCGCUCUUCGCUGCGUACUCUGCGGUGGGCGUUGCGCUCUCCGUACCGUGUGCUGGGGCUGCUGGCGCUGGGUUUCGUGCUGUUCGAGGCUCUGAAGUACCUGGGGGUGGUGGAUAUGAUCGUGGAGACGUGGUCCGCGUUUGUGAGCUGGAUGGUGGCCUGCAGGGACACUGUCAUCGAGUCGUCCGAGACAAUCCAGGAGUGGGUGUCCUACGGGGGCGAGUGGGUGGAGUGGGCUCGGAAGCUCAUGCCGUUGCGGCGCUGGGCGGCCUUGCUGCUGGCGCUCGUCCUGCUCAUGAUCUGGGGAGCUCGCGAGAUGCAGGAGGCGGAGGAGACUGGUCACUCGUCGGUGGCCUCGUCCUCGGCAUCAUCUGUGGUCGGCGACGUCGGGGGUGCCUCGGUCGUGGGGCCUCCUUUGCCGCCGCCUUCAGGGGCUUCUCCGCCCGUCGCUGCUGGUCCCGACCCCGCCCUCGUGGCCCAGUUGGACGACUUAGCCGAGUCUCAGAGGGCGAUGGCCGCGGAGCUGAACGAGAUCAGGAUUGCCGAGCGGGCUCGGGAGCUGAGGCGCUCGGCGAUGGUGUCAUCGAGCGCGGACCGUGGUGCCGAGGUGGCGGCUGCCAACCAGCUGCAGAUCCAGUCCAUGCUGAGCCGGCUCGACGAGUUCGAGGCUCGCUUGCAGGGAGGUGCCGUGGCGGCAGCGCCUGCGGGGGCAGCGGGAGCCUCCCCUGCCGCGCCCGUGGGCACGGCGGAGGGUCCCGCCUCGCCGGCGCGCGGGGACGCAGCGGUGCCGAUGGAGACUCCCGACAAGCGUGCAGCCUCGGAGCCUGCCGAGGCGGUGUCUUUGGCCAUCAAGCGGAUGAGGUUCAAGGCUCAGAUGCCACAGCAGGUCUUCCUGGAGCAGCUGGAGGACUUCAAGGAGUACCCAGCCUCCGAGUGGGCGACGAGGAUGCCGGAGGGCUACAGGGAGAGAAUCGCGCCGGACGUUCUCUCGGAGGUCUACUCGACUGGGAAGACGGCGGAGGCGUGGGCGAGGGACUACAUCAGGGAUCGUGGCCUCGCCGACUGCAACACCGCGAGGGAGAUGAUCGCGACCUUCGCGGCCGUGGACACCAUGCUCAUGACGGACCGCCAGAAGGGGCUCUUGAACCAGGUGAGCUUCGAGAGGCUGGUGCGCAAGGGUUACGCUCUGGUGAGGGCCUACCGCGACGUGCACUGCCGCGACGACUGGAGCAGGCCCAAGGACGCCAAGAGCUGGAAGUCCAAGGUCGACUGGGAGGCGGCGCGGCGCUUGGAUCCGCAGCUGGCCGGCGAGAGCACGAUCAGGGUCAUGAGUGCAGAGGAGGAGGUGAAGAAGGCAAUGGGUCGAGAUGCGCAGCUGAUCAAGGCGCGCACGGACCUGGACGGCGGGGGUGCGAGCCCGCCGACGUCGAGCUCACGGCGGGUGCUCUCACGCUGGCGGGAGGAGCUGGACGUCGCGCAGCGGGCCAAUCGGUGCUUGCUGGGACUCCGCCAGCUCUAUCGUGGGACGUUGGGCGACGAGCUCCUGCAUCCUGGGGAGAUCUGGGGUCAGGGGCCACUGCCCAGCACCAUGGACGGGGACCUCUCGAGGCGUGUGCUGGAGGAGGUACGUCGCCUACCACCGCCUCCCUCGACGCCCGAGCAAGGAGCCGCGAUCCUGCGGCUGCGCCCCGCCGCUACGGCGGCGGAGAACCAAUCCCGGUCGACCUAUACCCAACGGUUGGCCGAGCUGCGGAGGAGGUGUGCUGGUGGACAGGUGCGACUGCCAGACCGGGGCGAGACGUUUCCCGCCCAUUGGGAGCGGGUCGCUCUUCCCCCUCCAGGCUCAAUGCCGGUGAGCGCGAGGUCUGUGUCGCCGAGAGUGGCUCAGAUGCUAGACGAUUUUCGGAGGGAGAUGCUGAAGGAGGACGGCGAGGAGUGCGUCAGGGCCGCGGAGGUGAAGAAUUACGUGGACCCGCACUUCCGCCGCAAGAAGGACAUGCUGAUGCUGGCCAAGCGCAUGGCGCUGGCUGGGAUGCUGUGCCGCUGCGAAUCGAAGGUGGACGAGGUCGGGCUCUUCUGUGUGGUGAAGAAGGCCGAGGUCGUGGACGGCGAGCCGUUGGUGUCAUUGCGUUUGGUUUUCGAUCAGCGGCGGUCCAACCUACGCUGGCGGGCGCCGCCGUGGUGUGCCAUGGGCGGGGUCAGUGCCAUGUCGUUUUUGGACGUGUCCGAGGAGAUGGCGGAGGAGGGCGCUCGAAUGGUGUUUGGUACUGGCGACCUCCCCGACUUCUACUACACGCUGGACUUGGGCGAGGCGAUCGCGCCCUACUUCGUGCUGCCUGGAGUCCGAGCUUCGGAGCUUCUCGACGUUCUCCCCUCGGACGCCUGCCUGAGCGGGCCAGGCGAGCACGUUGGUGUGCGCGUGGCGCUGAUGGGUUUCUCUUGGGCCUGCUGGAUGGCCCAGACGACUAUGGAGGACCUGUUCAACUCUGGUCCCUCCAUGGGGAUGCCUGCCCUUGCCGAGGAGCAGCGUCUGGCAGAAGGCGGCCCGCUGCCCCUGAUCAGUCGGGGGGUGCCUGCGGCGCACUACGAGUACAUCGACGACUUCGGCAUCAUCGGGGUGGACUACCCUCCCAUUGCCGACGCCGAGCCGCCCACGCAGGUCAGGGACAUCUGGUUGGGAGCCAAGUACCUGGUGAACGCCGCGGGUUUCAAUGUGCACAAGGACGACUGCUCGGGACAGGCCCGGAUGAUCGGUGGAGACUUCGUGGGCGCACGCCUAGCCCCGAACCAGGACAAGAUGUGGCUGGCCGUGGCCGGGGUGAGCGAGAUCCUCAAGCAGAGGUCGGAGUUCCCGGACGCGGUGGCCAAGAUCGUGGGUAUCCUGUCCUGGGGCUUCUUGAUCACUCGAGGGGCCCUGAGCGUCUUCUCGGAGGUCUAUCACUGGUGCAUGGAGUUCCGAGGGGGCCCCCGCCGUCGGCUGCCCGACGAGGUCCUCCGCGAGCUGGCUGUGGCAGCGGCGGUGGUGCCGCUGGUGUCUGUCGACCUGGCCAUGCCCUGGGACCCCGCGGUGACGAUGUUCGACGCGAGCCUCUACGGCGGGGCCAUCAUCUCGGCCCAGGCCGACAUCCAGGCGCCGAAGGAGCGACUGCAGGGCGAGACCGUGCUGCCCGCCGACACGGGUCAGGUGAUCGAGGAGUUGGCGGACAUCGCGGAGGAGGAUCCCUUCGCGCCGCUGCGGCUGGGUCGGACCGUGAGGGCGAAGGUGCUGCGUUUCUUUCACCUCUGCAGCGGCCACACGCGGUCGGGCGACUUGGAGUUCUGGCUCGCUCGUCUCGCGGCCAGUCGGGGGUACGUGGUGCAGUGCACGAACGUGGACAUCGGGUUCGGGCCGGAGUUCGACCUGUCCGAGGAGGUGAACGUGCGGAGGCUGGAGCUGCUCGCCGAGCUGGAGGUGGAUGGAGGCCAUGCUGGACCCUCGUGCGCUACGUGGUCGAGGGUGCGCUUCCAGCCAGGAGGACCCCCUCCUGUGCGCCUCCGCUCACACCCGUGGGGCCGCCCCGGUCUUCACGGCGCCGACCUGAGGAAGGUGGAGAUGGGUUCGGCGCAGCUGUUGAGCAGCCUGCGCGUGCUCAGGGCGAUCGCUCUACGAGGUGGCUCAGUCUCGCUGGAGCAUCCUGCCGACCCGGGGAAGCCUCCGUUCCCCUCGAUCUUUGCAACGCCCGAGGUGCUGGAGUGGGAGGAGGUUCUCGGUGCCUACAGGGUGACCUUUCCUCAGUGCAUGUGGGGCUGUCCCGCACUCAAGUUGACCACUAUCUCGGGGACAGCCAAGGACCUGCAGCGGCUCAUUCGCCCAUGUAUUCACAAGAGCCACACGGCGAGCUUGUGCGGGAAGGACGAGACGGGGCGUUUCAGGACGCGGGUAGCUCAGGCUUACUCGUCCGACCUCUGCCGCGUGCUGGCCGAGUGCCACCUGGACGCGAUGCUGGACGGGCGCGAGCGGCGCGAGGCGGAGUUCACCGAGAGGGCCGUGGAGCUGCUGAUCAAGGAGACGCUCGAGCGGAGGCGGCGCAACAUACGGGACAUCGACGUGCUGCCUGCCUCUUUCCUGGAGGCUGGGCUCUCGCUUCUGCCCUACUCGGUGGGCAAGAAGACGGCCCUCAACUGCUACGUGCCCAACGUGCGGCGCUUCCUGGAGUUCGCGCUGGACCUCGACCUGCCCAUGAUGAGCAGGGAGGAGAUCGACAACUCCAUCCUGGUCUACCUAGACUACCUGGUCGAGGACGAGGAGGUGGGACCGCACAGGGGCGACUACGUGGUGCACGGCAUGGCGUUCGUUUGGCCUGAGCUGUCUACGGGCCUCCCGCGAGCCAAUCGGGCCCUGCGGGCGUGGCACAAGAUGCACGUGGCCGGCGAGGGUGGGCCUCAGCCACUCGAGGUGUGGGCUGCCCUGGGCGAGGCCAUGAGGCUGGCCGGGUCCGUGGAGGCAGCAGAUGCAGCAGCGCUGGCGGUCGACGCCUACCUCCGCUCGGCGGAGGUCUUCGCGCUGCGAGUCGAGGACAUCAUCGACGCCGACAAUGACGUGGUGGCCAUCAAGCUGGGCGUGCAGGAGCGGAACGAGCGCACCAAGACGGGAGUGAGGCAGGGCGUGCUGAUCGACCGCCCGCACAUCGCCGACAUGCUGCGGGCGCGCAAGGCGGCCAAGAAGCCGGGCGAGCUGGUCUUCGGCUGCUCGGUGGAGGCCUACCGUCGUGCCCUGCGGAAGGCCAGCGACGACAUCGGCAUCACCGCCUUCCCAGCCCACUCAGCGAGGCACUCGGGCCCCAGCCACGACGCGGCGGAGGGCUAUCGGACGGUGUGGGCCAUCCAGCGGCGCGGCCGCUGGGCUUCUGAGAAGUCGGUGCUGCGCUACAUGAAGACGCACGCCCUGGUGGCCGCGAGAGCGGCCGCGCCCGCCGCCGUGAUGGCGCGCGGCCGUGAGCUCCUGGCCAGGCCCCACUGGGGCCCUUUCUGGCUUCUUCCGGCCUCACGGGCCGGGCUGGACAACUACCUGGCUGCCGUCGCCGAGAGCUGUCCGGAGGGCGACGUG